GGGCUCGGCGUCGCGCUGUGGGGGCGGGGCUGCGGUGACUUCAGGCACUCCAGGAGAGUUCUCCCUACCUGUGGGGAUGGCGGGGAGAGGGAAACUGAUCGCGGUGAUCGGGGACGAGGACACGGUGACUGGUUUCCUGCUGGGCGGCAUAGGGGAACUUAACAAGAACCGCCAUCCUAAUUUCCUGGUGGUGGAGAAGGAUACGACCAUCAAUGAGAUCGAAGACACUUUCCGGCAGUUUCUAAACCGGGACGACAUUGGCAUCAUCCUCAUCAAUCAGUACAUCGCAGAGAUGGUGCGGCACGCCCUUGACGCCCACCAGCGCUCCAUUCCAGCUGUCCUGGAGAUCCCAUCCAAGGAGCACCCCUAUGAUGCCGCCAAGGACUCCAUCCUGCGCAGGGCCAAGGGCAUGUUCACUGCAGAAGACCUGCGCUAGGGGACUCCCUUGGCCCUUAAGCCCCUCGCUUGUUGCCAGGCCUCUCCCAGGCUUGCCAUCCUUUGUUUCAAGCCUCUGGUUUUCAAUCCCCACUCCUUCCCCAUGCCACUGAGAGGCUGGGGCUCUGCCAUUAAAAUCCAGGCUGGUUAGGGAACGGGAAGCCCAACCGUCUUCUCUCCAUUACCUCUUCCCUGUGCUGAUACAUAGUGUCACUGUUGAUGUUAAAUUAAAAUAGUAUUCUUGCUUCUCUU